AUGGUUUACUGCGGCAAGCCCUCCAGGGGCUGCCAGAUGUGCAGAACACGUCGGAUAAAGUGCGAUGAAACCAAACCCAUAUGCAACCAGUGCACCAAAAGCCGAAGGACGUGUCCGGGCUACAAGGACGAGUUCGACUUGGUUUUCCGCAACGAGACUCAAGCAACGGAAAGGCGGGCCAGAAAGGCCAACAAGAAGCCCAUGGCGCAAAAGUACGUCAAGGAUGCCGAUCCCUGCGAGAGCUCCGCGUCAUCCUCGUCUCCAGCUUCCUCGACCGACAUGAGCAUCAUCCACGCCACACCGCAAGUGCCCGUCGAAGACCAGGCGGCGUGCCACUUCAUCUCCAACUUUGUCCUUGUUCCGCACCAGGGAAGCGUCCGAGGCUUCUUAGACUUUGUCAUGCCGCUCAUGAAAAUAGACGACAUCCCCCAGCAUUUCAAGUAUGCCUUCGACGCCUGUGCCCUGGCUUCCCUCAAUAAUCGUGUCGGCACAGGCAAUGAUUUCGAAAAGGAGGCCCUGGGAAAGUAUACAAAGGCGCUAUCCGCCACAUCUUCCGCACUGCGCGACCCCGAGGUCGCAAAACAGGACGCCACGCUGGCCUCGGUCCUGCUCUUGGGUCUCUUUGAGAACAUCACGGCCAAGCACGUGGGCAUGCUGGCCUGGGGCUCUCACAUUGAAGGGGCUGUUCAGCUUGCCAAGGCUCGAGGCCGCAAGCAGUUGCGCACAAAGAUUGGCCUGGCCAUGUUCAUCGCCGUCCGGACCCAGAUGAUCAUACAUAGUCUCACUACGUCAAAGUGCCCGGUCAUGGGAGCCGACUGGUGGAUCAACGACGCCGUUAGGGAUGAGCACGCCUCCGAGUGUCAGCGACUCAAUAUCGUAACAGGGGAGUUCCGCGCCGAGGCGAACCGACUCCUCACAAUGUCCACACGGUCGUCUGGCCAUGUGGAUAAGGUGGCUGCCAUGAUCAAGAGAUGCCAGGCACACGAUCUAGCCUGCGCAAACUGGGCAAGGAACCUGCCCGAGUAUUUCCAGUUCAAGACGGUUGCGUGGGAGGACAGUGUCCCGAAUGGAGACUACGCAAAGGCUGAGGUGUAUCCGGGACGUGUCGACGCUUAUCAAGACCUAUGGGUUACCAGUGUCUGGAACAUGAUGCGAUGCUCACGCAUCGUGCUGGCGUCCAUCAUUGUACGUUGCGCCGCCUGGACCUCGGCACCGGUGGACUAUCGGACAACGCCCGAGUAUGCGACGGCUGCUCGGACGUGUGCCAAUGCCAUCACGGAUAUCAUAGCCUCGAUCCCUUACCAGCUUGGUUGGUUCUCGAAGCGCAGAGAGCUCCUGGAAAGGGCCAAUCUCUCGACCUUUGCAUGCGGCGAGGAAGACGCCCAGAAAGGCCUGGGUGGGUACUUUGUGACGUGGCCUCUGGCCUGCAUCUAUGGGCAAGAUUACAUUACCGACUCGCAACGGAUCUGGGUGCAGGGCCGCCUCGAGUUCAUUGCGUCCCAACUGGGUGUCAGAUACGCAAACAUGCUGAUCGCGAUCAAUGUCCGGGUGCCGUCCAUGCUCAUCCGCAGGGACGGCCUGGUGUCCAGCCCGUAUCCGCAGGCCCAGAAUUUUGAGAAGCUACUGUCGGCAAAGAUGGCGCCCCCGUUGGCGGGCUUCUCCAUGAAUCCGAUACAGCAGCGCGAGGCGAUGCAGAGGGAGACGAUGCAACGCCAAACGGCCGAGCUAGUGAACAAGGCCAUGGGUACGUCGGGCAAAGUUGAUGAGUGGACGGCCAAGACGUGGCUACAGCUGCAGCACCUGACGACAUGA